AUGCCUCCCCGCCGUCCAAUGUCCGCUCUUCGACGGAAGAGGUUACUUUUCUCCUAUGCCCCGGAUUGGGCAGCGUUCUUCGCGUUGGACAAGGUGCACGGGUACAGGAGGGUGUUUUCGUUGGAGGAUACCUCGUACGUUUACCCUUACUCUUUGCUCCCUCAACGUCAUUCUCAGUUAUUGCUGCAGGACGUUGCACUCUACAUGAUAUGCUUCGUCGCGCCUCUCGUCAUCCAACCACUCAUCAACCUGCUGACUAUUCGCUCCUGGUGGGAUCUACAUAAUGUGAUUCUUGGUUUGGCGUUGACGGGCGCGGUGACACAGUUCACUAAGAUCACAGUAGGACGACCACGUCCAGGCACGUCCAUUUCUUCCUUUCCUUACAUAAUCGCCCGCUGUCUCCCACCACAAAACGCCACAGACCCCAUCUUCGGCUUAUCCACAGACGCCAUAUGCACAAACACCGACGUGGCUAUUAUGCGUGAUGGGUUUCGGAGUUUUCCUUCUGGACAUUCGAGUCUAUCGUUCGCAGGUCUAGGGUUCCUUUCGUUUUAUUUAGCAGGGAAACUGCACCUUUUUGAUAAGAGGGGACACGCUGGAAAAGCAUGGUUAUCCCUUACCCCGUUCGCAGGCGCUGCUUUGGUGGCUAUUUCGCGGACUAUGGAUUAUCGACACCACUGGCACGACGUCCUAGUAGGCUCCAUCCUCGGCACCGUCCUCGCCUACUUCUCCUACAGACAAUACUACCCCUCUCUCUCCUCCGAACUCUCCCAUCGCCCGUAUUCACCUAGGAUCAAGGAUGAGCUGGAUGCGAACCUGCAUAGGAAUGAUCUCGAGUCGCCGGUGCCUAUGGCGAAUCAACAACAAGGUCCUGCGGCCCAUCGAAGACAAGAGUCGGCGGUUCAGCAGCAGCAGCCGCUGACUGCGACUGCGCAGGAGGAGGAUUAUGAGCUUGAAGGGACGGCGCCUAGGCCCAGUGGGCCUGGGCAUUUGUAUGAUGUGUGGAGUGAGGGACGGAAGGAUGAGGUGUGA